UAGCCAGCAGGCCACGACAGCAAUAACGAGGCCGAUUAGCCACAAAGUUGCCGCCGCCGGUAUAAAAGGAGCCGGCGCGGACUCGGGACGCCGCCGUGUUUCCUGAGACGCCCUGCGGAUACUCCACGACUGACAAGAGGACACUUCCUGCAGCUGCCAUGGCAAAGGUGUUCAAGAAGACCAGCGGCAAUGGGGGGCUCACGCUCUACCUGGGCAAGCGAGACUACGUGGACCAUGUCAGCAACGUGGACCAAGUUGAUGGCGUCGUCAAGCUCGACACAGCAAACUUCGGGGACAGAAAAGUGUUCGUGCAGCUGGCGUGCGCCUUCCGCUACGGCAGCGACGACCUGGACGUGAUGGGCCUGUGCUUCAGGAAGGACAUCUGGAUCCAGCAUGUCCAGAUCUACCCGGAAGACCACAAGCCCGCGCUCAGCGCCAUGCACGACACCCUGAUGAAGAAGGCGGGCGACAACUCGUACCCUUUCACUUUCGAGAUUGCCAACAACCUCCCAUGUUCAGUUUCACUGCAGCCCGGACCAGACGACAAGGGCAAGGCUUGCGGCGUGGACUUCGAGGUGAAGGCGUUCCUGGCCAAGGAGAAGUGUGACCCCAACGAGACCAUAGAGAAGAAGGACACGGCUCGCCUCAUCAUCCGUAAAAUCCAGUACGCCCCCUCCCAGGUGGGCGCCGGGCCCAAGGCGGACGUCUGCAAAAGCUUCAUGAUGUCGGACAAGCCGGUCCAUCUGGAGGCGUCCCUGGAGAAAGACCUCUACUUCCACGGCGAGUCCAUCCCCAUCCAGAUGAAGGUGAACAACGAGAGCAACAAAACGGUGAAGAAGAUCAAGGUCACAGUGGAGCAGACCACGGACAUCGUCCUCUACUCGGCGGACAAAUACACCAAGUGCGUCUACACCAAAGAGUUCGGCGAGACCGUGGAGCCCAGCGGGACCUUCGAGAACACGCUCAGCAUCGUCCCGCUGUUGACGGACAACAAGGAGAAGAGGGGCCUGGCCCUCGACGGACGCCUCAAGGACGAGGACACCAACCUGGCGUCCACCACCAUAAUGCCUCAGGGUGUGGAGAAGGAAAUGCUGGGGAUCCUGGUGUCCUACAAGGUGAAGAUCAACCUGAUGGUGGCGGGAGGCGGCCUGCUGGGGGGCCUCACUUCCAGCGACGUCAGCGUGGAGGUGCCACUGAUGCUCAUGCACCCCAAACCUGAAGAGUAAAGACUGCGCGUCCAUAGAGGACAUCAGCCUGAAUGUGGACAGCACAGAGACACAGGAAGUACAGGCGGAGGAAGUAAGACAGCGGGGAAGGAGGAAGUGAUCUUCUACACACACACACACACAUAAAGCAGCAGCAGCCAUGUUGUUGCGUAGUGUAGUCCAUGUCAAUUAGCCCUAGAGGAAACUGUCUCCCUAUUAUUUUGACAUGUUGUGUCUUCUGUGCCUGGCGUCAUGAAAGAAUUAAACAGGUGAAAAUGUC